AUGACCUCCCAGGUGCUCUGGGUUGCGAUUGCUCUAUCCAGCAUCUUAUUUGUGACCUCCUUUGAGGCUUUCAAGUGUCCGCAAAUCUGCCAUUGUACGGCCUCAAGCUUCCAGUGCAGCAAUGACACUCAAAAGGAUUCGGAGAGUUACACCACAUCGAUAGUUAUCAAACAUUUGGAUCUUCAAGAGAUUCCAACCCAUGCCUUCAAACAACUGAUCAACAUAAAAGUAAUUCAAAUCUACUACAGCACUGCAACCCAGAUCCAGACACAUGCAUUCCUUUCCAUCCAUGGCUUGAGAGAAAUCACUAUUAAACAUAUGAAAAACCUGAGGACAAUUGAAAAGGGUGCAUUCACUGACCUUCCCAAUCUGACUCUUUUGUGCAUCUUUGGCACAGGGCUGAUGCACUUUCCAGACUUGUCCACUAUAUCCUCCUUGGAAUUCCCAUUUAGACUAAAAAUACAAGCAAACAUGGCUGUAAAAAACAUCCCUGCCAAUUCAUUUAAUGGUAUGACGAAGAAGCGCAGUGACAUAAGCCUGAUGGGAAGCAGUUUCAAGGAAAUCAACCCACAUGCUUUCAAUGGAACCUUCAUCGGAACACUAGAUUUAAGUCACAACAAACAUCUGCGCAACCUUCCAGACGAUGCCUUCGAAGGAGCUGUUGGUCCGCUUUAUUUGGAUGUAUCGUCCACAGCUUUGACCUCUCUUCCUCGUAAAGGCUUGGAGAGGGUAAAGCGCCUGAGAGCCAAAUCUGCUUUUGCCCUUAAGCGCCUUCCUCCACUAGAUAGCCUGGUUGAGCUUGGAGAGGCAGAGCUUACCUAUGAGAGCCAGUGCUGCGCUUUCCACAUGUGGCACAGCAAACACAGACAACAGGCACUCAAGAAUCCGCAAUCAGUUUGUGAAUUGCUCUACACAAAUGCUGGUGGAGCCACUGAGCUUUACAAGAACUUUCCAGAACUGGAGCACAUUUGUCCCAGUAAUGAUGGCAUCCAGUGCACACCAAAGCCAGAUGAUUUUAACCCUUGCGAAGAUUUACUGGGUCCCAUCUUGGGCAACAUGACAUGGAUAAUAGCCUUUUUUACAAUUGUUGCCAACCUCACUGUGUUGGUUAUCCUGCUUUUUACAAGUCGCAAGUUAACCAUCUCCCGAUUUCUGAUAUGUAACCUUGCCCUGGCGGACCUGUGCAUGGGGUUUUACCUGAUGCUGAUUGCUCGCAUGGACUACCACUCUCGCCAUGAGUACUACAACCACGCCACCGAAUGGCAGACGGGACCAGGAUGCGAUAUGUCGGGCUUCCUGACAAUGUUCUCAAGUGAGCUAUCCGUUUACACACUCACCGUCAUCAGCUUUGAACGCUGGUACACCAUCAUCAAUGCUAUAGAUCUAAACAAGAGACUCAGCAUGCACCAUGUGGUGGCCAUCAUGGUUGUUGGUUGGGUCUUUUCCCUGCUGGUUGCCCUGCUUCCUCUAGUGGGAGUCAGCAGCUAUGGCAAAGUGAGCAUCUGCCUCCCAAUGGAUAUUGACACGCAGGCUUCUCAGGCAUACGUGAUGAUCGUGCUCUCGCUUAAUGUUGCAGCAUUUCUGGGGGUGUGUUUCUGCUACGUGUGCAUGUACCAGAGUGUCCGCAAGCCAUUACCUGCCAAUCACUACAAUGAUGCAAAGCUCGCCAAGCGCAUGGCGGUGCUCAUUUUCACAGACUUCCUUUGCAUAGCUCCAAUCUCUUUCUUCGCAAUCUCCGCGACACUUCACAUGCCCCUCAUCACAGUGUCUCACUCCAAGAUCCUCCUCACCAUUUUUUAUCCCAUCAACUCUCUCUGCAACCCUUUCCUGUACACCAUCUUCACUCGUGGCUUUAGGAAAGAAGUGCGCUUUCUGCUCCGACAUUGGGGAAGUCCUGUCAGGGCAUUUAUAGGUAAAUGCCUACAGCUCCAUUCCUACCUGAUUCCAAACAACGCUCAGCACGAAACCACGCUUUAG